UUCCGCACUCUCCCUCACCCUACCUCCGAAGGGAGCUCCGCCCUGCAAUUACCCCGGGACUGGGCCCCGCCCCCUGAAGGUUAAGAGUCACCUCGGAGCGGGCGCCAGGUCCAUACUGUAGCAGGCUGGGGGGCUGGAGGGGUUGCCAUGGCUACAGCUCCGGUGACUCGGACCCUGGCUGGAAAGGCAGCGGCCGCAGGAGUAAGAAUAGGGACGGGGUCAAGUGCGCGGCUCUGGGCUCUGGGGGUUGCCCGCAGAUUCAGCAGUAGUGCCAGGCGCCGGGGAUCUGGGGCUAUCAGCCCUGGUCGCCGCCUUAGUACUGCCCGAGUCCGGACCCAGCUGCCGCGAGAGGAGGCCGAACGAGGUUCCGAAGAGGCGGCUGUUGGCGAGGGACCUCCUCCGGGAGUGGGACCACCCGCAGCCUCCACACUCCAGGGUCCAGCCGCCGCUCCGGCACCGCCUUCACCCGUCAUGGCCCCCGCGCCACCUUCCAGCCGCUCGCUGGUCCAGCGGGACAUCCAGGCGUUCCUGACCGAAUGUGGGGCCAGCCCCGGGGAAGCGAGGCACUGGCUUACCCAGUUCCAGACCACCUAUAACUCGACGGACAAACCUUUUGCCAUCAUCGAGGUGGAUGAAGCUGUGUUCAAGUGCAAAGAGGCAGUCCUAAGUCUGGCCUUUGCCCUGGCCUUCUUGCAACGGAUGGAUAUGAAGCCCCUUGUGGUUCUUGGACUCCCAGCACCCACUGCACCUUCUGGCUGCCUUUCCUUCUGGGAGGCCAAAGGCCAAAUGGCUCAGAGCUGCAAGGUCCUUGUGGAUUCUCUCCGACACAAUGCAGCCACAGCUGUGCCCUUUUUUGGAGGAGGGUCUGUGCUGAGUGCUGCUGAACCUGCCCCCCACGCCACCUAUGGUGGCAUUGUCUCUGUGGAGACAGACCUGCUAAAAUGGUGCCUGGAGUCGGAUAGCAUCCCCAUCCUGUGUCCUAUUGGUGAGACAGGUGCCCGACGCUCUGUGCUACUCAAUUCCUUGGAGGUCACUGCUGCUCUGGCCAAGGCUCUGCUGCCCACCAAGAUCAUCUUUCUCAAUACGUCUGGGGGUCUCCGAGAUGCCAAUCAGAAGGUUCUGAGUAAUGUAAAGCUGCCAGCUGACCUGGACCUAGUGACAAAUGCCCAGUGGGUGAGCAGCAAGGAGAAGCAGCAAAUUCGGCUCAUUGUAGAUGUGCUGGGCCGACUAUCCCACGAUGCCUCAGCUGUUAUAACAUCUGCCAAUACCUUGCUUACAGAACUCUUCAGCAACAAGGGGUCAGGGACCCUCUUUAAGAACGCUGAGCGGAUGCUUCGAGUAGAUAGCCUAGAGAAGCUGGAUCAGAAGAGACUGGUAGACCUUGUAAAUGCAAGUUUUGGCAAGAAGCUUCGGGACGACUAUUUGGCCUCUCUUCGACCACGGCUGUUCUCCAUUUACUAUUCUGAAGGGUACAAUGCUGCAGCCAUCCUUACUACUGAACCUGUGCUGGGAGGCACCCCAUACCUGGACAAGUUUGUGGUGAACUCUAGCCGGCAAGGUCAGGGCUCAGGCCAGAUGCUAUGGGAGUGCAUGCGACAGGAUCUGCAUCGACUUUUCUGGAGAUCCCGCGUCACCAAUCCCAUCAACCCCUGGUACUUUAAGAACUGUGAUGGCAGCUUCUCCAACAAACAGUGGAUCUUCUUCUGGUUUGGCCUGUCUGACAUCCGGGACUCCUAUGAGCUUGUUAACCAUGCCAAAGGACUGCCUGACUCCUUCUGCAAACCUGCCUCUGACCCAGGCAGCUGAUAAGAACCAUCAAUACUUUGGUGCCCCCAGCCCAACUGAUGCACAGCCAAGAACCAUGCUGAGGCAGUGUCCCAGGGAAGCUCGGAGGCAGGCCUAGGCUUACUAGCUGAGAAACUUGCAUGGAAGGGGAGAUGGGAAGGUGUUGAGGCCCUUGGACUCUGGGACAGGGAGGGAGCCAGUGAAGUAGCACAACAGAAAGACUAGCUCAGCUGAAUGGAGUAGGGGUACCUGGUACCUGCUGUCUGGAAGUCUGCCAACUGUUCCAAAGCAACCAGUAUCUAUUUCUUCAUGUUUCCUGGAAAUCUCAAUCCUGUCAGGGCUCCUACCAAGGGCCAACUGAUGUGUGGGUGAAAUACAUGGUCACCUGCAUGUUUGAUUUAAGGUGUCCUGUCACCAGAUAUUACCCUCGCCUCUCACAACUCUUCAAAUUCACCUUUAAGAUUAGUUUCUUCAGGUCUUAGGUUUUCCUUGAGUUUAUUUAAAUGUUAACUCUUUUCAGCUUUCAGAUUGGGAAGGAGGGAAGGAAGGUAAAUUAACAAUGAGGAACAGCAAAGUCCUGAGAGCCAAGAAGACAAAAGAGGGAGAAAAAUGACAAAGCAAAAGCAUUUUCAAAGCCAGCCUCUGCUGAUCAAAACUGCCCCUCCCUGACUCCACUCCCACCUUUGAUAAGAAUACAGGGGAAAAAAGAAGAUAUGGGGGGGGGGGGGGGGGGAGAAGAAGAGCCGAAGUGAUCCCCUCUCUAGUUCCCGAUGAUCUUCAAACCAUGGAAUAGUCACUGUCCAUCCAAAUCAGGCCAGUAGCAGCCUCAGCCUCUGUCCUAAGUUCUACUCUCUCUCUAUAGCCCAAGAUCUCCGCCCCCCUCCCUAUGGUCACCCAAUAAAAUCUUCCUGAUCCAAAGUGAAAAGAUGGUAAAACGGGCCUCUGGGAAGGACCUUUGCUCCUCUCCUGUAAAGCCAAGCACAAUAAGCUGCCAAAGUAACAGCAACAAGAGCUGAUAUCAGUUGGAAGAGAAAGGAAGAGGCAGGUACAUCCACAUUUUGAUUUUAAAAGCUCAGAUGAGAUGACAGGUUCAAUUUUGGGUUUGGUGGAAUGGGACUAUUUGCCAACACCUACAGGUCAGGCCAAAGCAGGAGCAGGUCCCAUGCUUCAGUGAGUAGACGAUGGGGAGCAAAGGAUCAUGAGUCUAUUCCAACCCCUAUCCUUCCUUUCCUGCACAUUUAGACAGAAAUAAGGGGGUAUUUAUUACACAAGAAAUCGGGUAUUAACAUAUUUUUUCAUAAAUGAUUAAAAAAAAAAAAAGGCUAGGGAAUGUGUGAUGGGGAAUCAAUUUGAUUUGUAAUAGGAAAAAACAAAAUGACACAUAAGAAUUCCCAAACUGAAGAACAAAAAUGGAACAGAAUCAAAAGUUAUAAGCUGGGACAUUUGAGAGUGAAAUCUCCAAAACAGAGGCUAAAGUGUAAGGCAAGAAAAGAGAU